GAGAGAGAAUUGGGAUAUAAAAAGCUCUACAUAGCUGUGGGCUACACAUGGUGCCAUAUCCUUCCUCAGCUUUGUAUUUCCAUUUAUAUUCAUGCAAUCAACCUGUCUUUGCUUGCUCUCAUGAGCAAAUCUUGGCAUACCAUUGGCUUUAGCUGAUGGGGCAUGUCACUUCUCUCACAGCUGUUUGCCUGAAAGACCAGCGUUGUUUCUUGACUUUUCUUGUUAGGCUUUUGUCAUGGAUGCAGUGAAUACCAUGGACAACUGGAAAAAUAAGGACCCCCAUAUGAUUGAUGAAGUGACUGACAACCAUCAAGACAUCAUGGACAGCCUGAACAGGAAUGUGCCGGAACAUGGCAGACAGACGCACCAGGUGCUGCAGGGAACUCCUCUGGACCUGAUAGAGACGGGGAAGACGUUAAAGGUCCAGGCAGAUCGUCCCCAUCUGGUCAGCUUGGGGAGUGGCCGUCUGAGCACGGCCAUCACGUUGCUUCCUCUGUCAGAGGGAAAGACCACACUUGGACAUGGGAACACUGACAUCAACAUUCAGGGCCCUGGUGUGGCAGCCCAGCACUGCUACAUUGAGAACAAGGGAGGCAUCAUCAUGUUAUACCCCUGUGGAAACCUGUGCUCCAUGGAUGGCCUACAUAUCACCAAACCCAUGAGACUUUCACAAGGGUGCAUGCUGUGCUUCGGUCAGUCCGCCUUUUUCCGCUUCAACCACCCAGAGGAGGCCCUCAGGAUGAAGAACAUGAUGCCAGGAGGAGGAAGCCACGGCCCCACCAGCAGUUACAGGACCCACACAGAAUCACACUCCAUGCUCAACGGGAACCAUCAGCCGGGUGGGCGUGGGGGGGGUCGCCCGGGUCAAGGCACCCUCGUCCGUUCCAUUGAGCAGGACCUCCAGGACAUCAUGGAUUCUCUGGUUAUGGACGAUGCCCAGUCGUCCAUCUCAGCCGAGUCCCGAAAACUGGCCCAUAACCCCAUCCCCCAGUCCCCGCUGUCCCCCGUGACGAAUGGGGGCGACCGCUUCCCUGCAGCCUCCCCCACCAGCCCCGGGGCCAUGUCAGUGGGCUCCAGCUACGAGAACAACUCCCCGCCCUUCUCGCCCCUCUCCUCGCCCUCGGUGACCAGCAGUCCGGGAGGCCUGCAGGAGAUGGCCAACCCCCCGGUGCCAGCUCGCACCUCCAGCUUUAGCCACAACACUCAGCCCCCUGUGCCCCAGCCACGGUCCUCCGUGCCCAAGAGCGGCAGCGCCUUGGGGCAUAAGGUCCAGGAGAGCCCCAGGCUUCACAGGAAGGCCUUGGUGGAAGCGCCACCGAGUCCUUCAUCUGCACGCAGGGAUCCUACUCAAGCUCGAGGGUCCUCCUCCAUCCCUGUCCCCAUGGUUUCUGGGGACAGACAGGCUAACUCCAGACUGACCCCCAAGUCGACCCCGACAUCAUCCUCUCCUGCCUCGUCCAGCCCGCGGUCCAGUGUGGGCUCCUCGGUGCAGGAGUGCCCUCCGAGCCCCAUGCGACAGCAGGACUUUGCCCGCUCCUCCAGCCCAUCCAAGCAGCCCAGCCAGAUCCCCCGUCUGGCCCCGUCCUCGGUGGACAGCCCUCUCCACGCGGUCCAGCCCCAGCCUCGCUCGCUGCCCCCGGGGAGCCCGCAGAUGGCUCGGCGCACCCUCCCGCCUCCCAGCCCGUCCACCGCCCGCAGAGGGGUGCCCGUCCUCCCGCUGACCAAAACGGUCCCCGAGAGCCCCAGGCAGCAGCGCAGGGUCACCUCCACGGGGGAGGAGGAGGGGGGCUCAGCGGGGGGGAGGGGUCUGAGAGCGCGCAGCCCAUCCCCCUCCCGGCACAGGGACCACCCCAGUGGCCGGCAGAAGGCCGGGCCCGGUGCCGCCCUCGCCCCCUCCGCUUUGGGCACGCAGCCAGGGGUGUCGCCCCUCACCAGCCCGCGGGCCCAGAGGAAGGCUGGCCGGGAUGGCCGGAUGGCGGCGGCCUCGUUCGCCCGCGAGCGCAAAAACAGCAUCUCGGAGAUCAGUGACAACGAGGACGAGCUGCUGGAAUACCAUCGACGGCAGAGAGAGGAGAGGCUCCGGGAGCAGGAAAUGGAGAGGCUGGAGAGACAGAGGUUAGAGACGAUCCUGAGUUUGUGUGCGGAGUACAACAAGGGCGACGGCCCCUGUCCAGCCGGCGAGGUGGGCAAGACGGGCCUCUUCCCUGGGAUGGAGGAGGGGGCCGUCCAGCGCCCCGGAGCUGACCCUGCAGGCGGGGCCUCCCAGCAGGGGCGGGGCCAGAGGCAGAGGGAGAGUGACGAGGAGAACUUCACCGAGGAGUGCAGCAGCACCGAGAGCCAGCACCAGGAUCACGAGGACUCUGGUCGGACAGGUGUGGCCUCUCAGCAGGAGCUGCCCUAUCUGGAGGAGGAGCGCGUCCGCAUUCUGGCCCGAGUGGACGAGCUCAAGGCUCGCGUGACUGAGCUGGAGCAACAACUUCAAGAGUCCAGGCAGGAGGCUGAAAUGGAGCGGGCCCUGCUACAGGGUGAGCGGAGGGCGGAGCUUGAUCAGGUGGAGGCGGAGUUUGAGAUCAUUAACCAGCUGCAGUACAAGCUCAGUGAACUAGACAGCGCCACCCAGAGGGAGAAAGACAAGGGGAGGGCUAAUGUGUCGGCUGAGCGGGACAUCCUGGAGAGGCUGCGGGCUGGGUACAAUGAGCUGAAGAGCCAGCUUGAUAAGUGCCCAGAGUCCCUGAGGGAGCAGUUACAGGAACAGCUGACAAGGAAAGCGGAGGCUCUGGAGUCGGGGUCCAAGCGCUUUGAGGACCUGGAGUUCCGUCAGCUGGAGCGCGAGAGCGGCUUGGAGGAGGAGAAGGAGACGGUCAGCCGCCAGCUGCUGCAGGAGAAGGCCGACUACCACCGCAGCGUGGCCAAGAGGAAGGAGAGGAUGGCUGCACUGGAGAUGCAGGCCAACCAGCUGGGCCUGCAGGCUGCGCAGGAAUGCGAGAGGAUGGCCAAGGACCGAACGCUGGCGCUGCAGAUGCUCCAGAAGGAGAGAGAGCAGCUGUCGAGCAUAGAGAAGCGCUAUCAUGACCUGACCGGAGGGAGAACUUUCCCAAAGCCCUCCAGCACCAUGAAGGAGGAAGUGCUUCAUAUCAGCGAGCCUGACCUCGUAGAAGAGGUCUUUCCCCAGCCGCAGCCCCUCGGCCACCCUCCUGCGCCCUACUGUCAGAGCCUUUCCCCUCACAUAAAUCCUCUCAGGCCCCAGGAGGAGUAUCUGAGGCUUUCUGAUGUCUAUAAGAUGUAUGGGGCCAGUUGUGUCCAGACCCACACUACCUCCUCUGCACCCCUAAGCUACUCCUCUGCUCUCCCUCUAAUUCCAGACUCCCCUCGCGAGUACAUUACUGUCGGUCAGUUAAACGAGCUCUACGGGAUGCCUAAGGUGGACCCCUCCCCCACGUCUCCCAUCCAGUCAUUCCAACAGUUAGUCCCCGAGCCCCCUCCCACCAGCUACAGGUCACUGUAUGGCUCGUCCCGCUCUCUUGCGUCCGAGAGCCAGCCUGAGCUGAGCCGGCCUCAUGCCCCCAGGCUUGAUUUAGAGCACUGGUACCAGGACUUAAUGUCUGCUGGGGAGCCCAGCCAGCCAUGCCCUCCCCCUCUACCGGCUAAGUCGCACUCCGGUCGCCGACCCAUGCAGGUGUACCGUGGCAAGAUUGACGGAGAGGGGGGACAGAUGACCCUCACACGGGGGAACACCAAUGGGACGGCCACUCCUCCGCAGUCCAGGGCUGCCCUGCCGGGGAGGGAGAUGCCAACAAAGAUGCUCGGCCAUUCCUCCAGCCUCUCCAAGGAGCUGUCGGAGCUCUCCCUCACCCAUCUGGACCUGGAAACCAAAAGACAGCUGGCCAUGCAAGGCAAAGGCCAGUCGUUGGAUGAACAGAGGGGUCGUCCAGGGGAGCUGAAGCAGAGACCUGCAGUGGAGCUGCAGAACCACUGGGGGGCGCUGCAGGGCUCCCAAUCUCAGCUCAACAUGUCAUUCCCCUCGUUUGGCAACAGCGGCGGCCCUGCCAUGGUGCACCACUCCAUCCUCCACCACCAGGCCCCGCCUCCCGGCGGAGAGCAGGCUUUUGACACCCUCAGCCUGGAGAGCUCCGACAGUGUGGAAACCAGCGUCUCCACGGGCAACAACUCUGCCUGUUCCCCGGAGAGUGGCAUCGGCAUGGCGGGCCUGAGGCUGGAGGAGAUGGAGAAGAUGCUGAAGGAGGCGCAGCAGGAGAAGGCCAGACUGGUGGAGAGCAGAGAGAGGGAGGCGCAGGCUCGGCGCCAGAUGCUCGAGGAGGAGCGCAGGAGGCGCGAGGAGGUGGAGAGGAGGCUGCAGGAGGAGACGGCGCACAGGCAGCGUCUGGUCGAGGAGGAGGUGAAGCUGAGGGAGAAACACUGCUCUCAGGCUCGUCCGAUGACCCGGUAUCUGCCAAUCAGAAAGGAGGAGUUUGACCUCCGCUCCCAUGUGGAGUCGUCUGGCCACUGCGUGGACACCUGUCCUUAUGUCAUCGUGAGCGAAAAGAUGUGCAAGGGGCAUCUUGUUAAAAUGGGCGGCAAGAUCAAGUCCUGGAAGAAGCGCUGGUUUGUCUUCGAUCGGCUGAAGAGAACCUUCUCCUAUUACAUAGACAAACAUGAGACCAAGCUGAAGGGAGUCAUCUACUUCCAGGCAAUCGAGGAAGUUUACUAUGAUCAUCUUCGUAGUGCUACCAAGAGCCCGAAUCCUUCCCUGACGUUCUGCGUCAAGACUCACGACCGCCUCUACUUCAUGGUGGCUCCCUCGGCCGAGGCCAUGCGCAUUUGGAUGGACGUCAUAGUGACCGGGGCCGAGGGCUACACGCAGUUUAUGACCUGAGCGAGUUCAGUGCCCACGGAGGGUCGCUUAAGUGAAGAGCGAGAGAGAGUGGUCGGGUCUGGUCGGGCACCGCGGGGGCAGCACUGAGGGGACAUGGGGAGUCUCCGAUGCUCCCUCAGUCUGGCGCUCACACUCCCACCCUGUCUCAGCUGGUGUGGAAAUGUGGGCAUGGGCGCCACACACGCCACCAGCUGCUAAGACAAAAACAAAACUGCUAAGAGCUCGAAGAGAUGCUCACUUUGUACUCAUAUAAAAGGAAAUUACUUUUUUUUUUCAUCGUAAGAAAGAAUCAUCGGGGAGAUUCCUUUGUGUACUUACUGACUUGUAUGAUUUUUGUGCGUUAAAAACGUGUAGUCUGCAUCUCCUGGAGUGUAUUUCGUUGGUUGCAUUUCACAUUAAUGCAUGAAUAAAUGAAUGGUGCUCGGAUGCUGUCGGGGUGGCUGUCCCUUUCGCCACGCCACUGCCCAGCGGUCAGUUGAAGCAGUCUCCACACGUCCACUCACUCCGUUUAACAGGGAGGCUGAGUGGCGAACACUGAGGUAACUGUUCCCCUCGUGAAUUCCUAUUCACCCACAUGUAUUUGCCAGUUCAUUUUUAUAAGUUCUACACCAGCAUUUUCACUUUACUGCCUUGGGAUCUUUAAAGGGAGAUUUUUAUGUACAGAUAUUUCUGACUGUUUGCUGUAAAUAUGACCAAUGAAACUUUUCCAAAGGUCUAAGAUUAAGAAAAAGCUUUUCUUGCUAUUUUUUAUUUUAUUUUAGUAACUGCAAACUUAGCUUGUAGACACCUUUUAUAUAGGUUUACAGGACAUCCAUAGGUUUAUUAUGAGUUCAAACCACCAGAGUUGACAUGAACUGAAAGAUAGCUGGGACAAGGCCUGUCCAUGCUUAAGAGAGUAUAUUAUGUCAACAAAUUGCCCAUUACCUUAGCAUGUAUAGAAAUAUUGAAAAGAGUAGAUUUCAUAUUAUGCUGCUCAGUUUUAAAAGAAAACAUGAAGAUUUAUUUAAAUCUGUUAUUAGAUUGUUUUUGAUAUAACAAAGAGACAAAUAAGCUUUUAUCAUAAUGUCAUAUACAUUUCAUAUUUAUGUUCGUACUCUGGUCCAUCUCAAAUUAAAAUCUUUUCAUUGCUUUUGUACAUCUGAAUGUAAUGGUUUUAUACUAGGGAAAUACUUAAAAUAUUGUGAUUCUUUAAUAUUACAUUGUGGGUACACUAUAUGACUGCUUCGACCCUUCACAUAGAUAGAGAUGACAUUGACGAUCCAUAAUCUGCCGCACUAAUCUGUCAUAUCCAUUAGCCACAUACUAUACCAUAUACGGAAAAAAUAGACUGAUGACAAGAUGCUGAGCACUACUGUGGUGAUGACACGUGCCUUUCUUAUACUUUUCAUUAUUUUGGCUUACGCUGUUUGCAAACAGGCCGAACACCAGUACUCUUGUUAAUAUACAUGAGAAAUAUUGAUUUUUUUAUUUACAUUGCAACAUUUCCUCUUAAUUCAGUACAUAUAACAACUAUAUAUGGACUUCUGUAGUUACUAACCAUAUACAUGUCUGUUACUUUUCACUGGAAACAGAUUAUUAUUGACAUAAACCUCUGGGCCAAAUAAAGAGUGUCAUGAAAAGA